UACCUCUCUAGGCUGCAGUCCUCUUGGGAUCAACUACUCUAUUUGCACUGGUCCGCUUUUCUCAACAGCAGCAAAAAAUUGACAAAGAAACAAGAGUUCACGAACACUGCAACCAUGGGCCAAGUGCAACUCUAUUGUCCAUCCAAAAAGAAGACCGUCGACAAUUUUGUCUUCGGCGCAUUCCAGAAUCUCGACCAAGUUCUGCAAGGCGUGAGACUCGCGCUCGAUAUCAAGUACGCAGCACUCUACACUGUCGAGGCGAGACCCAUUUACGAACCCAGUGCACUCGAGGACGAUCAACGCAUAUUGGUGGCAGCAAGUGCGGAAGAGACGAUGUUGCCUGAUGCGCCUCCUGGAUGGGUUCUGUACCAUGGCGAAGAGGGCGACGAUGUCGACCCGGACACGGAAGGUUAUGGUCAAGAAUGGGAUACGCUGUCCGAUCAUGAAAAAUAUCUACACAUCACCAGUCUCAACGAGCAGAAGCCCGAGACCCGCAACAAGAUGCGCAUCACGCGCCCAUACAAGCCGCUUGAAGCAGAACUUGACUUCUUCGAAUACAAAGGUUCAUCAACCGUUGAGUUCACUGAGGAUGAUGCAUGUGUCGAGCGAUACUGGGGCAUCACUAUCAAGCAGUUCAUCCCCUUCUCCAUGAAAGCAGGACAUGGCCCAAACCUUAGCCAGAAGCUCACCUCACCGACCGCAUUUGCCAUCAUGAUCCUGUCUAGCUUCACACACGGUCAAUCUCGACUAGCUCUGGAGGUACUAGAGGAGGCCAUUGCGUUACGCACCCAAGACGAGCAAGGCGACAACAAGGAUCCCGUCUUGCAGACGCAGGAUGUACUCAACGCGAUUGCCAUUGUGUAUGAGCGGGCUGACCUUAUCCCAGCCAACCUGACAAAGAUAAAGAGCGCAAAGUCGAAGGAGCGUGAGAAGCGAAAGGCGGCUAGGGAGAAGAAGAAGUCUGCUGAGUGCAGGACGAAUGUCAGCAUGCACGCACACCUGAAAGCCCUACUUACCAUGGAGACGUCUCCAGACAAACCAACCACUAUGUCAGAACAGCAGCCCCUGCAGCCACGAGUAAAAAGCGUCUUAGACAAGAAUAUCUCUACCGUCUGGUUCACAUCCAAUCUCACCAAAAUCUCGCACAGCGAUCGCGAGACGUACGUCCGUAUGCUCCGCACUAAACUUGAGGAGAGCGUCAAAGAGAGGAAUUCACUAGAUCAACAAGCUGCUUUGGUCAUCUCCUUGGUGGAAGAGCCAGUCGAAGCUCUAAAGCAACAAGAUGAGCCAGACGAGGAGGAGUUGAAGCACGCGAAGAAGGUCUCGGACGAAACGAAACGAAGAAUUAUGAUUGACCGGUUGGUACACGAUGCUAAGCAUGAGGGUUUAGAGACGCUGCUUAGCAAGGCUGAGUACACCAUAUGGGGACAAGUAGAAUAG